UGAAGGUUUAGUGUAUGUCACUGAUUAUAAUAAUCAUCGUGUUCAAAAAUUCACUCAUGAUGGUAAGUACCUGUCUAAGUUUGGUAGUGAAGGAUCUGGUCCUGGUCAGCUUAAGUCUCCAGCAGGUAUUGCAGUAGAUAAUGCUGGUUUAGUGUAUGUUAGUGAACAAAGUAAUCACCGUGUCUCAAUCUUCACUAGUGAUCGUGUGUUUGUUCGUAGUUUUGGAGAGAAAGGAGCUAACGAAGAUCAGUUUCAGAGUCCUUAUGGUGAAAUGACAUUUGAUAAAGAUGGUCUCCUUUACAUUUGUGAUAAUGCCAAUAAUAGAUUAGUAAUGUAUUGA